AUGAACAAAGCCAAAGUCAUCCGGUGGGUGUUGCUAUCAUGUUGUAUCAUUCCUGAAAAAUGUCACUCUUUCUCAGCGCCUAUGAUCAGGGUAUCCGAGCUCGGAAACCCAGUCAAAGCGGUGGUAAACGAUUCGGACGAAUUGUCGCUAUCCUCCCCUCCUUUACAGACGAGUGAAAACGAAUAUUCUUUCUUUGAUGAAGCUUCCAUAUACGUUCGGGCUGGCUCAGGUGGUCAAGGAGCAUCAACUUUUAAGAAGGCGAAAAAGGGACAAGAUGGUAUUCCCGACGGGGGAAACGGCGGUGUUGGCGGAAAUGUCGUCUUUCAUGUUGAUCCAAGCUUGAACACGCUGGCAAGUUUUAGUCGCAAGAAAGGAGAACGGUUGCAGAGUUUCCGAGCGGAGGGUGGAGUAGAUGGAGGUCGCAUGUAUGACAAUGGACGUGGUGGUGAGGAUUGUAUCGUUCGCGUGCCACCUGGCACAGUUGUUAGCAUCGAACAAGAUCGAUCGGUUGACGAAUUGGAUUACGAUGAAUCAUCAGCAGAGGAAACUGACGAUGAUGAAGAUCGUUAUAGGUUAUCUGAAGUUGGCACGCUCACCUUGGAAGAACCGACACUCAUUGUAGCUCGAGGUGGUAAAGGUGGCGAGGGAACGGGUGCACUGAAGGGGAAAAAGCAAGGAGGAACUCGGAGAGGACCCCAAGGAGGCGAGAGACACAGGACACGGCUCACACUCAAGCUCAUUGCCGAUGUGGCCGUUUGUGGCGUUCCCAAUGCAGGAAAAUCAACCUUUCUUGCGGCCGUUACUCGGUCCGAUCCGAAGAUUGCUGAUUAUGCUUUUACUACAGUGGUUCCUAAUCUUGGUGUUUGGAUUCCAGGCGACAAGAACAGAAAAGGACAACAACAGGCAUCUGGGAGCGGGGAGAACAAAGCAGCAGGAAGUGCCGGAGUUGUUAUUUGUGAUGUUCCCGGUCUCAUUGAGGGAGCAGCGGACGGUGUUGGUUUGGGGCAUGCCUUUCUUCGUCAUGUGGAACGCUGUCGUGUCAUUCUACACCUUGUCGACGGAACUGGCGAAGAUCCCGUAGGCGAUUACAAAAUGGUCAAUGAAGAGAUUCGUCGAUAUGGCACGGGAUUACUAGCCGAAAUGCCACAGGUAGUUGUUGUCAACAAAAUUGAUGCAUGGCGAUUGCUUGGGAAUGAUGAAUACGAACAAAAGAAAGCCGAUCUCGGUGAGAAACUAAAAGAGGCAAUGGGACAUACUCGCUUGCUGUGGGUCAGUGCCAAAGAAAAGGAAAAUGUAGAAGAGUUGAUGCAACGAAUGGAAGCCUAUGUGACAAAGAUCAAAGCUGACGACUAA